UUGGCACUUGUAUUGGCCGUAUGCGUAGCCGGCGGGCACUGCGCUGAACUGCCCCCUCGGGCCACCUUCAGGACUGCACCGGAGGGUCGUAUUGUUGGCGGCAGACCGGCCACCGCGACCGAAGCACCAUGGCAAAUAUCGCUGGUCUCUAGCGGUUGGUUUGGCGACAGUCACCGGUGCGGCGGUUCGCUCGUCGGCACUCAAUCGGUAGUCACCGCCGCUCACUGUACCGACGGUAUGCAGGCCAGUGGGCUGAAGGUGAAAUACGGCGGUCUGGACCGUACCGCCCUCGCAGUGACCGUUACGGUGAGUAACAUAUACCAACAUGCUUCAUACGACGCUCAGGCCAUUGACUGGGACUACUCAGUGAUCAAACUGUCCGCACCCAUCGAGACCAGUCGACCCAACGUCAAGACCAUUGAGUUGGUCGAUACGGCACCGGCGGGCGGAUCGCCCGCAUCGUUGACGGGUUGGGGCCUUACGAUUGGCGGUAACACCGGCUCAUCGCCCACUGCUCUACAGUACGUGGACUUUAAGAUUGUAUCGCAAACCGAUUGCAAUCAACGAUACAAAGACUUAUACGGCGAUCAGAUUGUUGUGACAGCCCGACAGAUUUGCACCGAGCACGAAUCGGCCAGUGGUUGCAAUGGUGAUUCUGGUGGACCAUUGGUUGCAGGUGGCAAAUUGGCCGGUAUUGUUUCCUGGGGUAUUAGAAACUGUCCCUCAGACACCACAAAGACUCCCGCAGCCUAUGCUGAUGUGGCCAACCAAGUUGCUUGGCUCAGAGGCAAUAUUCAUACAGUUAUGAAAGUAGUGGCCAUAGUUCUGGCCAUAUAUCUGGCCAGUGUUGCCAACAGUUUUAAAUCCCCAAAAUUCCGGGGUUUUAACGUAAUGGCUAAUGAGCCCAAAGAGAAGACCCGGUCGGCCCCGUGGCACGUGUCCAUACAAGUGAACGGUAGCCACCGGUGCAGCGGCUCACUAAACGGUUUUAAUUGGGUGGUGACCGCCGCCAAAUGUACACAAGGG